CUGAAACCAGCUACCGGGCAGGUCUCAUCUGAACCCAAGCUGCAAAUGAAGAGCUGCUAAAUCAAUUCUGCAAACUACAACAUAGAAAUUUAUUUUGAAUUAAUUAUUGAGCAGAUAAUCCAGCACCAUGAACGUGUGGGACACAGAAUCUGAAGGACAAGGCAGCAGCAUCAUCAAGGAGUGGGGUGGGCAGGUCCAGCCAGCUCUCGUCGCCUCUUUCGUCUUCCUCUUCUGCCUGGAAGCUUGUCUGUGGGUCAGGAACUUCAGGCGUAAGAGGAGGCUGCCUGGACCCUUCGCCUGGCCGGUGGUGGGCAAUGCCAUGCAGCUGGGACAAAUGCCCCACAUCACCUUCUCUAGACUGGCUAAGAAGUAUGGCAACGUUUACCAGAUACGACUGGGCUGCAACGACAUUGUGGUGCUGAACGGAGAUGCUGCCAUCCGCCAGGCACUCAUUCAGCACAGUAAGGAGUUUGCGGGAAGACCCAACUUUGUGUCAUUUCAGAUGGUGUCAGGAGGCAAAAGCAUAACGUUCAGCAACUAUAGCAACCAGUGGAAGAUGCAUCGCAGAAUCGCUCAGUCCACCAUCAGGGCUUUCUCCUCGGCAAACAGCCAGACCAAAAAAGCAUUUGAGCAGCAUAUUGUCGCAGAAGCCUUGGAUCUGGUCCAGGUGUUUCAAAAACUUAGUGCAGAUGGAGGACAUUUCACUCCUGCUCAAGAGCUAACAGUAGCUGCUGCCAAUGUCAUCUGUGCCCUCUGCUUUGGGAAGCGCUAUGGACAUGAAGAAACUGAAUUCAGAACCCUCCUAGGCAGAGUCGACAAGUUUGGAGAGACGGUGGGUGCCGGGAGCCUGGUGGACCUCAUGCCUUGGCUACAGUCUUUCCCCAAUCCGGUGCGAAGUGGGUUCUUAAGCUUCAAAAAGCUGAAUAAUGAAUUCUUUACAUUUGUGAAAGACAAAGUGAUCCAGCACAGGGAGACCUAUGACCCCGAGGUGACCCGAGACAUGAGUGAUGCAAUCAUCAGGGUCAUUGAACAUGGAAAACACAAUGGACUAAAUAAAGAAUUUGUUGAAGGCACUGUUAAUGACCUUAUAGGUGCUGGGCAAGACACCAUAUCAACAGCUUUGCAAUGGAUGCUUCUGCUCUUGGUGAAAUACCCUGAUAUCCAAACUAAACUGCAGCAGCAGAUUGAUAAGAUUGUGGGCAGAGACAGACUCCCCUUCAUUGAGGACAAGAAAAACCUGCCAUACCUGGAGGCCUUCAUCUACGAAACCAUGCGCUACACAAGCUUUGUGCCCGUCACCAUACCCCACUCCACCACCUCCGACGUCACCAUUGAAGGUCUGCACAUCCCUAAGGACACUGUCGUGUUCAUCAACCAGUGGUCCGUCAACCACGACCCAGAGAAGUGGAAAGACCCCGAAGUCUUUGACCCCUCCCGCUUCGUGGAUGAGAAUGGUGCCAUAAACAAGGACCUGACCAGCAGUGUCAUGAUCUUCUCCAUCGGAAAGAGGAGGUGCAUCGGUGACCAGAUUGCCAAGGCUGAGAUCUUCUUGUUCACAGCCAUCUUACUACACCAGUGCACUUUUGAAAGCAACCCCUCAGAAAAUCUCACCAUGGACUGUUCCUACAGCUUAGCCCUGAAGCCCCUCAACUACACCAUCUCUGCCACACUCAGGGGAAAAUUUCUAGGCUUGGUGUCACCUGCAUGAAAAGCUGCAAACUGUUCCAGCCUUGACCUUGCAGGCUAGCAAAGACUUCAAGGGUGUCAAAUUGGUUAAUCCGUAAUCUCAAGGAAACUGCACUGACUGAGUUAAGGUAUUUCAUAUUUAAUAUUUAAUUACUGGUCAGCUAUCAGUUAAUUUACUAUUUUUGUAGAAGUUAAAGCUGAUUUUUUUUUCACAUGAUCAGUAAGAAUGGGAUUUUCCAAGAGAGUCGAUUGAGGGCAGGUAAGAUAAUGUCUGUGAAGUAUUGCUGUAUAAUAACGUAUACUUCAGGCUCCGUGAAAAUAAGUUACUAAAUAUGAGCACCAUGUGCGAAUGGAUAUUUUAGAUAUUUCAAAAUUAUAUAUUACAUAUACUCAGCAUCCAGCUUGUACAAGUAAUGAUACACAUGUAUGAGUCAUAUAAGUAGUUAUGCACAAUUUCCAAUAAAAUGUAAAGUGCUUAAAAUAUUUAGAAAUAUUCCACAGCUCCCUGCAUAAACAUUCACUGCAGUAUUCACAGCAUCACUGAGUGUAUAUGGGCAAGGAUGUAGACAUCUGUGGGGAAACUCAGCGCUUCCACUGAUAUUUUAAACACUAUUUAUGUGUAGCCCCAAUGCUUGAGUAUUUGUCCCAAGAAUAAUGAACAUCUAGAUAUACUAACUAGUAUAGCCUCAGAUUAAAGGCACAAAUCAUUUUUCAUGUGUGUUUAUAUGCAAUAUGCAGCGUUUAAGCAAACCUGUCUUGCAAGACAUUAAUUCAAAUUCAGCACCUACUGUAAAUAAAACAUGUCAUUUGAAUGGGAUUAAAAUGAGAUAUUGAUGACGGAGAGGAAAUGUAACGUUAGUUUCAAGUUUAUUUGUGUUAUGUCCAAAAUGAAGAACGUUACUUCAGUCUUGAGUCAGUAAUCAGUCUCUUAGGCUACACUGGCGAAACAAAUGGGCUUUUUUUUGGGAGUCAUCAGCGAAAAGAGGGCAAAACAAAGUUCUGAGAAAAAACGGAGGUGGUUUUGCCUGGAAGUGUCUUUUCUGGUCCUGAAGCAUUUCGGAACAAACACCCGGACUCCCUUUAUGCUGUCUGCCCAAGCAUGUGUUGCUUAGUAUUGCAGCCUAAAAAAGAAAUAACGCCCAAUGAAUGGUUCCACAUGUUUGAUGUGUGUUGCAAAAUGCACCUCUGUUUAGAGUCCCAGGGCUUUGUGGGCUGUGCAAAUGCCACUGGCUGAGCAGGUAAAGCGUAUUACUGCGUAAGCGCCCGAUUCCUGCUUUCCCUCAGUGUUCCAGCCGGCACAGCCAGCAGUGCUGUGUGUGUUCAUGUUCAUACCUUUGUAUUUGAAGUAGAAGUCAUUGCUGUAUGUCUUUACUUAAUUCAACAUAAGCUACAUGGAGAGUAAAUAAAUAGGUGUUAAUCAA